AUGACUUCAACCAUUACUAAACUGCCAAACGAUCGACACCUGCUAACUGGCACUAUCACAAAUAUUACUAUCGCCGAUCCUCGAAAUUGCUUUCAAGGCACACUCGUUGCUUGCAUUCAAAGCAUCAUCCCGAAAAAUCUAUUCCGUGGAAUGUAUCGUUUCGGAACUGCGCGGAGUAGCGGAGCAGCAUGUAAGUUUUGUGAUUCAGUAAGAGUUACUGACUGCCAUUUGUCACCUUUGAUAGUCACGCCGUUUUCGAACAAGCGAUCAACCACGGCGCACUGCGAAGCACGAGAACAAGUGUUGAUAACAAUCUCGGAAGUCUGUUGCUUCGCCUCAUGCCCGUCAUAG